CGUCGGCGGGGAGGAGGAGCCACGUUCGUUCCCCGGGAAGGUUCUAUCGGAGGCGUGGCGCGCGCGUGCAGGCGCUAGGGAGGGGCUCGUGCUGAGUGUUGCAGGAGCUGGAGUUUGCAGCAGCAGCAGUAAAGGGGUGCUGCAGAGAGGGCACCUGUCUCGUCUCUGGCUGGCUCCCAUCCUCAAUGCUGCCACCACACCCGGGUGGCUCCUAAGAUUCCUAGUGUUUGGCAGCCUGCCCCCAGCUUUCCAACAUCCCUGUGCACACUCCAUUAACCUAAAUAACAGGGGGAGAUGAUUUGGCAGAAGCUUGCGUAGGCUCACUUCCUGCUUCCAGUCUUUCACUUUUAGGAGUACCAAAUCCACCAAGGGAGCUCUGCUAGAUAGAGCCUACUGCGUUCCCAGGGCUGUGUUCCGUUUGCAGGGAAUCUGGUGUCUGGUAACAAGAGAGAGGCUCUGCUGACAUGUGCUCCCCUGUGGCCGGUUCUAAGAUUCUCUAUCGGAACUCCCGCCUCCUGCGCAUGGCGUUCCUGCAGCUCCAUCGCCAGCAGAGGGCAGAUGUAUUCUGUGAUGUCAUCCUGCAGGCAGAAGGAGAGGCUGUACCGGCUCACUGCUGCAUUCUCUCCGCCUGCAGUCCCUUCUUCAUGGAGUGCCUGGAGAGGCAGAUGCCCUCCAAGGGGUGCAAAGUGGUGCUGGAGCUGCGGGGUCUGAAGAUCGGGACGCUGCGGAAGCUGGUGGAUUUCCUAUACACCUCGGAGAUGGAAGUGUCCCGGGAGGAGGCCCGGGAUAUCCUGGCUGCCGCCCGGCAGUUCCAAGUGGCAGAACUGGAGUCACUGCAGCUGGAGGGCGGGAAGCUGGUGAAACAGGUGCUGGGUCGGCGCUUGAACCGGAAGUGCCUGCAGCCGCCCAGCCUGGCUCCUAUCUCUGCUAGGGUCGUGCCGCAGGCCUGUCCGCCAGCUCCCACCACCCCACAGACAUUCCACCCCCUGGUGGCAGGCAAGCAACUUACGGCAAAGCCCCCAGGUGAUGGUGGGGUUUGUGCCAGCAGCACCACCUGUCAGGCGGAGAGCGCCAAGUAUCGGGCGGCUGUAGUACCUCAGAACGGGGGAGCCCAGCCGGGGAUGCAGGGGGCAGUGACUCCUGUGCAGCCCGUGGAGACUGGGAACGUGAGCACCAAGAGCCGCUCCUUGGGCUCACACAGGAGCCUCAGUGUGGGGCGCACACUGGGCGAGGCUGAAGGGUCACAGGGCGAGAGGAGCGCUGAGCAGGCCUUUCCCAGCGAGGGUUGCGCCACAGACUGCUCACCACAGCCAAGGAAGAUCAAGCUCAGCCGCCUGAAACUGCCCCCUCCCCACAACGCCGGUGCCACGAAGGCGCCCCCCACUGCAGCACCUAGCAAGACCCCCACGUCCAUCCGGCGCCUCUGGCAGCAGAAGACCCCAGGCUGGGAUGAAGCAGGUGGGCUAGAGCAGGGCGGCCCCUCUUGCCCUGCUGGGAGCCUUCCUGUGCCUCCAAAGACCAGCAACAGGAAGCGAAGCUCCAGUGCAUCGGCUUCUGGCUCAGACACUACCCCAGAGGAGGGGCAUGUGGGUAGCGUGAAGCUCAGGAAGGUCGUCAACGGGAGUUGCUGGGAGGUGGUACAAGAGCCACCAGCCAGGGAGCCCCAAGGAGCCCCAGUGACCAUGGGAGAGACAGGCACCUCCCGUGUGGCUUCCCCGCCCAGCGCCAGACCGCACAACUUUACGCGCAGGCCAGAGCUGCCAGAGACGCGGGCAGCCAGCUCCACUGAGCUGCUGGCUGGAAGGCUGGAGGCUGCGCCGCUUCCUGAGCAGGUGACGGUAGAACAGGGGCCCUCAGCUGGGAGAGGAGGCUGCAGGGACCCUUACGAGCUGGACAUGGCGGCAUUGGAGCCCUUGAGUGAGAAUGAGGAGUUUGGGGACUCAGCACCGCUGGAGCAGAUGCUGGACCUGCUGCUAUCAGGCAGUGGCGUGGAGGGCCUGGGCACUGCUGGGCCAGGAGGGACGGCAGGCUGUGCCCCUUCCAUGGGCCCCUCACGUGGGCCAAAUACGACACCCGUGGGUGCUGAGGCAGCAGGUGAGGAGUGGCAUCCCCCAGAGGUGCAGCUGUGGCCAGAGUGGGAUGACCCAGGGAAGGGCCCCCUGCCAGGAUGGGAGGUGGGGGGUGGUCACUCCGCCCUUAGCACUGCAGAUGGGGAUCCCCUGGGGCAGCCUGUGGGUGGCCAUCUUGCACCCAGGAGGGCUCUCUCCAGUGGUGGUCACCCCUCCUCAUGGAGCCCAGUGCCCCUGGCACCCGCCAGCCCCCAGACUCCUCAGCACCCGCAGCUGGCAGCAGGCAGCAGGGAGGUUCAGUCGGCUCAUGUUCCUGCGGAAGACAGUACGGGGAAAGGGCAGGGACUCUGCACCACCCAGGCUGCUGGGAUGGAGACAAGGCCCCAGUUUCAGGCACCCUGGGGGCUGCCCCGAAGCAGCCCAAAGCAUGGCCCUUUGGACCAUCAGCCCCCGGACAGUCCGGAGGGCGAUGAGAUUGACAUCAUGGCUGGCGCUGAGGAGGCUCUGGUACCUGCUGGCAUCACCUGCGUCAGGCCUGACCCCUCCUCGGAGUCUGAUGAAGAGGUGGACAUUCUGAACUAGUCUGUAGCAGAGCGGGAGGGAGUCUAGCUUAUGGGAGCCAUCACAGCCAGCUGGCCACCGAGGUGUAGCUGUCAGAGCUGAGACUGACUAUGGGAAGCUGCUAGUGACAAAAUGAAUCAGGUGGUUGGAGUGGGGAGCUCUGCGGAGCCUGAUAGUGGGAAGAGCUCUCCCACCGCUGAAGGACUCUGCAAGUGGGGGUCAGGGAUCAGUUGGAGGGCACAGCUGGGUUGAAGCCAGGAUGGAGGUGCAGCAUCCCCCUCCCCCCCCAUUAAUUCUGGGAUGGGGCUGAGUCAUACACAGGGAUGUCACCGGGAUUUAUACAAGAAAUGCGCUGGUCGCUCGAGAACGGGGUGGCCCCAGUGUUACCUACUUUUGUUGUUGGAGCUCUGCUGACCUCUCUGGUUGAAUAAUCUUAUACCACUGCUUCAGUUCUGCUGAGCAGCCUGUGUUUGGAGGGGAGGGGGCUGGAAAGGGAUGGAAAGAGAACAGCCCUUCCCAGUCAUCUGGGCCCUUCCUCCCCCCCGCCCAUUGUGCUGGGACAGAGGGCUGAGGGGGUGCACAUGUUGAAGCAGCUUUUCCUGCUGUCACAGCCACUAUCAGACGCACUGACAUUUUGUUGAUGUACAAGGCCGAGUUGUGUGGGUGCAGCGAGAGAAGGGAAUGAAGGGACCCAACAUGGAUCAAACGGUGGAAGUAUCAAUUGCGGGUGGUAGUCAGCACCCCUGUGUGUUGUAGAAUCUCUUUAAAGCUGAUGCCACCCGUGCUCUCAGCUCACACUCCCACCUCCCAGUGCUGGCACCCAGGAGAGGCCUUGCCUAAUUGUCUUAAUCUUCUUUCCUGCCCCUGUUGUGCAUUUAGCUUAAGCUUUUCCCUCUACGUUUAUGUAUGUAAACAUCUUAACCUUCCUAAGCCCGGCCAUGGGGACACAGGCCACGGAUGCUGGUGGAGCACUGUUGGGAGCUCUUAAGGCUGCAGCCAGGACUCUAGUUUUGCAAAAUAUCUGGCCAGCAGUGGUACCUGCCUCAGCCAUGGAGUCAUGGCUAUUUCAGGAGCAAACGCCGCUCCUGCCUGGCAAUGCCAUAGCACAAGCCCCCGUCCCUCAUUUCCCAUGAUCACAUUGCUGCCCCAUUGACCUGUUGUGCAUCUCAUCCAGAGUUGAUGUUCUUCUGUAAUGACCCAGCUCCCCUUUCUUCCCUGCUGCUUUCCUCAGCACGUCUCUCUCCACUGACAAAGAACCACCGGCUCCAUAGUUACUUAAUGCUCAUCUUCACGUAUCACUGACCUAAUGAGAACAUCUGUUACCCUUAUCAGCAUGUAUUUUCAUCCCCCGUCCAGGAACCAUGUGGGCUCUGUGCCAUGCUCCCUCCACUUCUCUCACUGCAGGGAUUGACCAGCAGCCCCU